AUGUCUUUUAGUACUUCGAGCGUUUCUUGGAAGUCCGGCGAUGGAGUUUCUGAUCAAUUUCCGGCGGGUCUGAGGGUUCUUGUCGUGGAUGAUGACCCAACUUGUCUGAGGAUCUUGGAGAAGAUGCUUAAGAAUUGUUAUUAUGAAGUGACCAAAUGUAGUCGAGCUGAGGUUGCCUUGAAGUUGCUUAGGGAAAACAAAGAUGGGUUCGACGUUGUUAUAAGCGAUGUACACAUGCCUGAUAUGGAUGGUUUCAAGCUUCUUGAGCACGUUGGGCUCGAAAUGGACUUGCCCGUCAUCAUGAUGUCGGCUGAUGAUAGCAAAAAUGUGGUGAUGAAAGGAGUGACUCACGGUGCGUGCGACUAUCUCAUUAAACCCGUUCGCAUGGAAGCUCUGAAAAACAUAUGGCAGCACGUGGUUCGCAAAAAGAAGUACGAAUGGAAGGAAAAGGAACAAGAACAGUCGGGAAGUGUGGAGGACGGUGAAAGGCAGCCGAAGCAGGAAGAUGUGGAUUACUCUUCCUCGGCCAAUGAAGGGAAUAAUUGGAAAAGCUCCAAGAGAAGGAAGGAGGAUGAGGAAGGUGAAGAGAAGGAGGACACGUCUACUCUCAAGAAGCCGAGGGUCGUUUGGUCGGUCGAGCUACACCAGCAGUUUGUAACGGCGGUCAAUCAACUCGGGAUAGACAAGGCCGUCCCCAAGAAAAUCCUUGAAUUGAUGAGUGUCCCAGGCCUCUCGAGAGAGAAUGUUGCUAGCCACCUACAGAAAUAUCGCCUUUACCUCAAGAGGCUCAGUGGACAGCACCAGAGUGGGCUUGGAAACACAUACAUGGGCCCUACCGACCCAUCGUUCGGCCCACUAAAUUCGCUCAACGGCGGGCUCGACUUCCCACUCCCAGUACAGAGCCUGGCCACAAUCCAGGCGGCUUCCCUCAACCGUAACCCGACAAACAGGUUUCCCUUAUCUUCCGGGCCCCUCAUCGACCAACGGAAUAUAUUCAGCUUUGAGAACCAGAGAAUCAACCACACACAAAGCCGGCCCGUGAAUUUACUCCAUGGAAUCCCCACCAGCAUGGACUCGAGACAGCUGGCGGCCCUGCACCACCAGCCAUUUGCGAACGUGAAUUUACAGAUGACCCCCCAGCCGAGAACCCAAAUGCUGAAUCAGCCCGCUUUCUCACAGGCGAUUGCCACAACCGUCCCGGGCCUGAGUGGAGUUGACUAUCCCCGUGGCCAGCCGUCUAAUUUUGUUGACUUUUCAAGAAGUCAACGCCCGGAUUUUCCGGUCACUACCAAUACUUCUGCUACGAAUAAUAAUAAUAGUAAUGGCUUUUCUCUGGUUGGCAAUCCGGGAAUUCCGAGCACGUCGGGUUAUGAUGUGUUUGGCAAUCUGAACCAGAGCCGGUCAGAUGAGUGGGGGUUGUCAGGCUUUGACGGGCCUCAUCAUGUAGGUACCCAAGCCCGGAUUAACGUUGGGCCAUCAGUUUUAGUUCAGCCAGGAUCUUCGAAUGGACCGAGUAGGGUCUCAUCUUUUGUUAACCGAGAAGGUUUUUCGGCAGCUGAGGGGCCCAGCAGUAGCAGCCGUAAUACGAAUCUUGGUCCUCCAAUUACUACUUCAUCGCCAGCUGAUAAUUCUUCUCGAACAAAACCCGAUAGGUUGGGUGACGUGGGCUUUCAGAAUGGUUUGUUUUCGGAUCAGUUAGGCCAGGAGGAUCUCAUGAGUGCACUUCUCAGACAGCCAGAAGGCUUGAUGCCGGGCGAAAGUGAUUUCAGCUUUGACGGAUACAGCUUGGAUGAUCUUCCAGUGUGA